AUGGAGCUGUUACGGACUAUCGCCCACCCACCGGGCGGCGGCGGUGCCAAGUGCUGCGAGGCAGCGGCAGGCAGAGCGGCCGGGGGCGAGUCGCGCAGGAAGAAGGCGGAGGAGCCGCCGCACCAGCAGCCGCGCCAGCACGGCCACCCCGCGGCCGAGGUCUCCCGGAUUAUAACCGAUCCCACGACGGGGAAGCGAUACUGCCGCGGCAAGGUGCUCGGAAAGGGUGGAUUUGCCAAGUGUUACGAGAUGACAGACUUGACAACAAAUAAGGUUUAUGCUGCGAAAAUCAUUCCUCACAGCAGAGUAGCAAAACCUCAUCAAAGGGAGAAGAUUGAUAAAGAGAUUGAGCUUCACAGAAUGCUUAAUCAUAGACAUGUUGUGCAGUUUUACCACUACUUUGAAGACAGAGAGAAUAUUUACAUUCUUCUGGAAUACUGCAGUAGAAGGUCAAUGGCUCACAUCUUAAAAGCAAGGAAGGUAUUGACAGAACCAGAAGUACGAUACUACCUCAGGCAAAUUGUGUCAGGGCUAAAGUAUCUUCAUGAACAGGAAAUCUUACACAGGGAUCUUAAACUAGGUAACUUCUUCAUCAAUGAGAACAUGGAACUGAAGCUGGGUGACUUUGGCUUGGCAGCUAGGUUGGAACCACUGGAGCACAGGAGGAGAACAAUAUGUGGCACACCAAAUUACCUCUCUCCAGAAGUCCUCAACAAACAAGGGCAUGGCUGUGAAUCUGAUAUAUGGGCCUUAGGCUGUGUAAUGUAUACAAUGCUGUUGGGAAGACCUCCAUUUGAGACUACAAAUCUUAAAGAAACAUACAGAUGUAUAAGGGAAGCAAGAUACAGCCUGCCAUCAUCUCUCUUGGCACCUGCAAAGCACUUAAUAGCUAGCAUGUUGUCAAAAAACCCUGAAGAUAGGCCCAGUUUAGAUGAAAUAAUUCGACAUGAAUUCUUCUUACAGGGCUUUACACCUGAUAGACUUUCUGCAAGCUGUUGUCACACUGUCCCUGAUUUCCAUUUGUCAAGUCCUGCUAAAAAUUUCUUCAAAAAAGCAGCUGCUGCUCUCUUUGGGGGUAAAAAGGAUAAGGCCAGAUACUUCGAUACACAUAACAGACUAGCUAAAGAGGAUGAAGAAAUCUACAAGCUCAGACAUGAUUUGAAGAAGACAUCGAUAACCCAGCAGGCCCCCAAACACAAGACAGAUGAGGAGAUUCAGCCUCUUACCACAACAGUGGUGAAGCCGGGAGCACUGCCAGAAACUAAGCAGAUUGGAGACUCCAUUCGGAUGAUAGUCAGAGGAACUUUGGGAAGCUGCAGCAGUAGCAGUGAAUGUUUGGAGGACAGUACCAUGGGAAGUGUUGCUGAUACAGUUGCAAGAGUGUUGAGAGGAUGUCUGGAGAACAUGCCAGGGGCCGAGAGCAAUCCCAAAGAACAGCUGACAGCAUCCUUCCAAUGGGUUACAAAAUGGGUGGACUAUUCCAACAAGUAUGGCUUUGGGUACCAGCUGUCAGAUCACACUGUUGGUGUCCUCUUCAACAAUGGGGCCCACAUGAGCCUUCUGCCAGACAAAAAGACAGUGCAUUACUAUGCUGAGCUAGGUCAAUGCUCUGUUUUCUCAGCCACAGAGGCACCUGAACAAUUCAUUAGCCAAGUAACUGUACUGAAGUAUUUCUCUCACUAUAUGGAGGAGAACCUCAUGGAUGGAGGAGAUUUGCCCAGCCUAACAGAUGUACGCCGGCCCAGGCUUUACCUCUUACAGUGGCUCAAAUCUGAUAAAGCACUAAUGAUGCUUUUCAAUGAUGGCACGUUUCAAGUGAACUUUUACCAUGAUCACACAAAAGUCAUAAUUUGCAGUCAGAGUGAGGAAUAUCUCCUUACCUACAUAAAUGAAGACAGAAUAUCCACAACGUUUCAUCUGACAACACUUUUGGUUUCUGGAUGUUCAUUGGAACUAAAACACAGAAUGGAAUAUGCUCUGAAUAUGCUGCUGCAGCGAUGUAACUGA